AUGUUUCGCUCAAGCCGAACUAAGAUUUUCCAAGAUUCUGUUCAAGGAAUCAUAGAAGUGGAACCCAUUAUAUUGCGUUUCAUCGAUACACCAGAAUUCCAGCGAUUGAGAAGACUACAUCAACUUGGGAUUGUGAACUACGUUUAUCCUGAUUGUACACAUACGCGGUUUGAACACAGUCUUGGGACUUACCAUCUUGCAAAGCGUUUAGUCGAUGCUAUACAGGCUGAUCCUGAGUGUGCUUCUGUGCGCCUCAGCAUUGGUGAACGUAUGAGCGUUUUGAUAGCUGCUUUGUGUCAUGAUCUGGGACAUGGUCCACUGUCUCACACAUGGGAACUGUUUUUGAAGCAGGGAGGAUCAGAUUACAACAAAUUUAAGCACGAAAAUAUGAGCUGUUUGAUAACAGAGCGGAUUGUCGCGAAAGACGAACCUUUACGGGAUUUGCUAAAGGACAGUGGGGUGGAUCUUGAACUUGUAUACGCACUGAUUCGCGGCCAUCCAACCCCUGAACUUGUGAUCGUUUCGAAUUCAUUAAAUGGCAAUGAUGUUGACAAGUGGGACUAUAUAAUGCGUGAUUCCCUCCAUGCAGGACUGGGCCAGGGCUCGGGUGUGAUUGAAGUAGAGAGAAUGCUUCGUUUUUAUCGCCCUGCCUACCACGCUUCUGGAGACGCUUGGCACAUGUCAUUUAGAUCCUCUGAGGCUUCAAAUGUUCUGCGUAUUUUUUCUCAACGCACGCGUCUUUAUCACAGUGUCUACUCCCAUAAAACUACUCUUGCUCUCGGAGCCAUGUUUGUUGACAUCCUCAACGCCCUGGAUUCUAUCCUGCAACUUCGUGAUCUAUCUCUGCGUGCUUGUGCUGGUGAUGACCACGCCAUGGAAGCUUUUCUCAGACUAGACGAACACUUACUCUGGGCGAUGGCAUCAUCCCAAUACCUACUUCCCCCUGAAACCUCUCCUACAAUCAAAGCGAAUUUGCGUCAGCUUUGCCAGCGCAUUGAAUUCCGACAACUUUACUCCUUUGUGGGGAAGUUUUUCUUGGCAGAGAUAAAAACUGUGAUAAAUGAACACGACUCUCUCAGCGCAAAUGAUAAUAGGUCAGAUUUGAGUAAAUUACUAGACAACGCAUGUGAAGCAGAAGACAAACCGGAAGAUGUCAUUAAAGUGGAGGUAAGGAUUCCUCUUCUACAACCUUGUGGUCUGAUUCCCUUUCCUAACUCGUUCGCCCUUGAGCUAUAUGCGACAGAUCGGUGGGAUGACUUGAAACUAGGUACUGAGGCCCAAAUUCUCACCGAGAUACUCCGGAAGCUCCCACCCAGAUCCUCGGUCAGGAGUGUUGAUGAGCUCCGUCUUGUUGUCACCACUCACUCCUCCAAUUCAACCGACGGAGAGUCGACUUUUUUCGCCUACAAGACCCUCCCCAACGCCUUUUCUAUUACACGACCAGUAAGUACUGAUAAAAGACACGACAUGGCUUGUCAUCCCAACAACCCUGAAAGAGCUCACGAAAAUUUAUUGCUGCUCCUUACUGUGGACGGGACCUCUCCAGAAGGGCAGUGCUACCCGCCUCCUGCGAGGGCCAACGCCUGCACCACCUUGUUUGGUCGAGGCACUAAACUCCUGGCUUGGCGAAAAGAGAGCAGCACAGACCACGCGGGUGUGCUAAGGAUGAAAGCCGUUCUCCGUUGA